UGAAGUGAGGCUGCUUCAUAUUCAGACUUCGUGUGGAAAUUUGGGGGAGAAGUGGUUGUAGGGCUUGUUCUCUCACAUUUUGGAGCCCGGUGAAGGUAGCAUGGCUGACCCUGGCUCCCCGGCACCCUCCUCUUGCGACUGCUUUGUUUCACUCCCCUCAGCCUCUGCUGCCAGAGAAGUAAUCUUUGGCAAGAAUUCCGACCGGCCAAAGGAUGAAGUUCAGGAAGUGGUCUAUUUCCCAGCUCGUACUUAUGCUAAGGGGGCUAAGGUCCAGUGCACGUACAUUGAAGUGGAUCAAGUGGAGAAGACUCACGCAGUCAUCCUGAGCCGACCAGCCUGGCUAUGGGGAGCUGAGAUGGGUGCCAAUGAACACAGCGUCUGCAUCGGUAAUGAAGGAGUGUGGACUAAGGAGCCAGUUGGGGAGGAGGAAGCUUUGUUGGGCAUGGAUCUGGUCCGGCUGGGUUUGGAGAGGGGCAGCAGUGCCCAGGAAGCACUUGAGGUCAUAACGGCACUCCUGGAACGGUAUGGCCAAGGAGGCCCUUGCAAGGAAGAGCCAACGCCUUUUGUUUACCAUAACACCUUCCUCCUGGCGGACCGCACUGAAGCCUGGGUGUUGGAGACGGCUGGAAGGUUUUGGGCCGCUCAGAGGAUUCGAGAAGGUGCCCGUAACAUCUCCAACCAGUUGAGCAUUGAUACAGACAUUACAGCUGAACACCCAGAUCUAAGGCAGCAUGCCCGAAGACAGGGAUGGUGGAAUGGUGAAGAGGCGUUCAGCUUCACCAAAGUGUUCUCCCUCACUCAUCAGCCUGUCCGCAUGGAGGCGGCCAAAGCUCGAUACUGUGCUGGUCAGCAGCUGCUACACCAGCAUUCAGGGCAGAUCACCGCAGCAAUCAUCAUGGCCAUUUUGAGAGACAAGGCCAGCGGGAUCUGCGUGGAUUCAGAGGGCUUUGCCACAACAGGAAGCAUGGUGUCCAUCCUCCCACAAGACUCCCACCUGCCGUGCAUCCAUUUCUUCACUGCCACCCCAGACCCUUCCAGGUCUGUCUUCAAACCUUUCAUCUUUGCUCCCGGCAUCCAUUUCUUUUACCAAGUGCAGUCACCAAGCUUUGGUGACAAAGAUCCCAUCAGGGAGAGGCCUCGGUUUCAGAGCCGGGUUGACCGGCGACAUGAACUCUACAGGAGCCAUCAGCUAGUCCUGGAAAAAAUGGAUUCUCAUCAGGGAGAGCACCAAAGAGUCCAGGAAAUCAUGCAAGAAUUUGAGCGACAGGCCCUGGAAGCCAUGAAGAACUUGCUAGCAGGCUCCUUUGUGCUGAAACCCCAGGAGCUGGCUGACCUCUUCUAUGACUGUGUGAACACAGAGAUCCAGUUAUAUAAAUGAAGGAUUCCCUCUGUUGUUCUUGCCUGCCCAGGACAGCUGGGUUAAAGUUUGAUUUUGGUAUUACUGAGUGUACCAUAUGUGAAUCUUACUAGCUGUAUGUGAUAAUGAUAGUAUUACAGUUUGAGGGGGGAAAUGAAUAGAAUCUGAGUUGCCAUAUGUAGCCUCUGGAACUCAUUGUCAUGAGAUGUCUUCUCACCACUGGCUUUGAAGAAUGAUUGGGUAAACUCCUGAAGGCUGA